GCCGCAAAACUUGGAGAAGCUCUCGGUGGAGGAGCUCCACCAGCGGAAGCAUGACCUGAAGCAGGAGGAGAAUUACCAGAACAUGGUCAUGUCCAAGAAGAAGCGUGGCCCGUACAGUGCCAGUGACAUCCGUGCCACAUAUACCCAGGUGCUACGGUUUCAGUAUCUCCAGAAGGAGGUCGACCUGGAGAUUGAACGGCGGGAGGCACGGAAAGAGAAGCAGGCAGAGGCCAAGGCGAUGAAGCGCCAGCAGCAGGAGGAGGCCCAGCGUGCCCGCCGCGCGGCGAUCAUGGCG